GCAGUCGGGGUCUCUGGGCGGCUGGCGGGGCAGCUCGGCGUCUUCCCGCCCGGCCCGACUAGCCAGGGGAGCCGCUUGGAACCGUCCGGGUGCCGGCCGCGGCGCGACGGGCUGUCGGCUGCUCUGCGCCCUUCUCGCCGCUUUCAACCUGGUGCUGACUCUUCAACCGGUGAAAUGCCUUCUUAAUUGCAUUCGAGAAAAGGAUCCUGGUUGAGUCAUUGCUUUAUAUCCUAACUGAAUGCUCUUCAUAAAGCUAAGCUAUGCCCACUGUUGAGAGUGAAGCCAAACUAAAAACCAAAGUUUGCUUUGAAGAAUUACUUAAGAUCCACAGUGACCUCAUAGGUGAAGGAAAAAAGACGAAGAAAAAAACUAUCAAAUCUGGAGGAAAAAAAUCACUUGACACUGUAAAAAGCAAUGUGCAGAGUAUUGGAGAAAUUGAAAGUGAUGAUGUAAGUGCUAACACUAAUAAUCCGAAGAACAUGGGAAUCACUAAAAACAAAUCAAGACAUCUACAGUCAACAGCUGAGAAUCCAGAUGAUGAAGAUUGUGUAGAGGAAACCAAGCAGGACAUGGCAAGCAGGAAGGUUGUCAAAACAACGCUCCAGGUGACUGCCCAGAAGAGAGAGCGAGAGGCUCCUGAGAAGAAGCUGGGUUCCACGCAUCAGCAAGCACUAGCCGAGGCAUUGCCAAGGGCUGUUCAUCAGAAAAUUGAGAAGGCAAAUGAAGAAAGAGAAAAUCAAAAUUUAGAUGAUGAAGAAGAAGAACUAAUGCAAAUGUACCAGCUCCAGUUAGCUGAAGAAGUGGCAAAAAUUAAGAAAAAAAUAAGGAAGAAACUCAAAGAGCAGUUGUCUUUAGAUAAUUCCUUGCAUGAUGACAAAUUGAGCAGUGAAAAAAGGAAAAAGAAGAAAGUUCCAGCCCAAUCUAAAGCUGAAACAAGUACAUUGACCAAGUCUGAUGAUACAGUUGAAAAUGAGCAAAAAAAGGAAUCUGGUUCUGGAAUAGUUACUUCUGAUUUUCAUCAAGAUGAUGAAAUAAGUUCAGUGUUACAAAACGUAGAAGAUAGCGUGAAAGAAGACACAAAAUCCAAACCCUCCAAGAAGAAAAAGAAGGCCAAAGCAGUUUCAGAUGAUCAUGAAGAAACUGAUGGGGAUGGUGUUCAUGAAAUAACAAGCCAAGACAGUCCAGUUUAUCCCAAAUGUUUGCUCGGUGAUGACCUUGUCCUGGGAGUUUACAUUCACCGAACUGAUCGACUUAAGUCAGAUUUUUUGAUUUCUCACCCAAUGGUAAAAAUUCAUGUGGUUGAUGAGAAUACUGGUCAGUAUGUCAAGAAAGAUGACAGUGAACGGCCUGUUUCAUCUUACUAUGAAAAAGAGAGUGUGAAUUAUAUUCUUCCUAUUAUGACUCAGCCAUAUGAUUUUAAACAGUUAAAGUCAAGACUUCCAGAGUGGGAAGAACAAAUUAUAUUUAAUGAAAACUUUUCCUACUUGCUCCGUGAUGAUGAUGAUAGCCCUAAAGUCAUCCUGUUCUUUGAGAUUCUUGAUUUCUUAAGCAUGGAUGAAAUUAGGAAUAACUCUGAAGUUAAAAACCAAGAAUGUGGCUUCCGGAAAAUUGCCUGGGCAUUUCUCAAGCUUCUAGGAGCCAAUGGAAAUGUAAACAUCAAUUCAAAACUGCGUUUGCAGCUCUAUUAUCCACCUACUAAACCUCGCUGUCCAUUAAAAGUGCUUGAAGUGUAUGAGUGGUGGUCAAAAUGUCCAAGAAAUCGUUACCCAUCAACCUUGUAUGUGACCAUAAGAGGACUGAAAAUUCCUGAAUGUAUAAAACCAUCUUACCGUUCUAUGAUGGCUCUUCAAGAGGAGAAAGGUAAGCCAGUGCACAGUGAACGUCACCGUGAGUCAAGUUCAGUAGACUCAGAACCUGGAUUAGAAGAUUCAAAGGAUGUUGUAAAGUGGAAUCGACUGCCUGGCCAGGCUUGCCGUAUCCCAAACAAGCACCUCUUCUCACUAAAUGCAGGAGAACGAGGAUGCUUUUGUCUUGCUUUCUCCCACAAUGGAAGAAUAUUAGCAGCAGCCUGUGCGAGCCGGGAUGGAUAUCCAAUUAUUUUAUAUGAAAUCCCAUCUGGACGUUUCAUGAGAGAAUUAUGUGGUCACCUUAAUAUCAUUUAUGAUCUUUGCUGGUCAAAAGAUGAUCGCUAUGUACUUACUGCAUCAUCUGAUGGCACUGCCAGGAUAUGGAAAAAUGAAAUGAACAAUACAAAUACUUUCAGAGUUUUACCUCACCCGUCUUUUGUUUACACGGCUAAAUUCCAUCCAGCUUUGAAAGAACUAGUGGUUACAGGAUGCUAUGACUCUGUGAUCCGGAUAUGGAAAGUUGAUAUGGGAGAGGACCCUGCAAUGCUUAUUCGACAGUUUGACAAUCACAAGAGUUUUAUCAACUCUCUCUGUUUUGAUAUUGAAGGUCAUCACAUGUAUUCAGGAGACUGCACAGGAGUGAUUGUUAUUUGGAACACACAUGUCAAAGUUAAUGAUGUGCAAUAUUCAGUACAUCACUGGAAUGUAAAUAAGGAAAUUAAAGAAAGUGAAUUUAGAGGGAUUCCAAUAAGUUAUUUGGAGGUUCAUCCCAGUGGAAAACGUUUGUUGAUACAUACCAAAGAUAGUACUUUGAGAAUUAUGGAUCUCCGACUAUUAGCUGCAAGAAAAUUUGUAGGUGCAGCAAAUUAUCGGGAGAAGAUUCAUAGUACUUUGACACCAUGUGGGACUUUUCUCUUUGCUGGAAGUGAGGAUGGAAUGGUAUAUGUUUGGAACCCAGAAACAGGAGAACAAGUAGCAGUGUAUUCUGAUCUGCCUUUCAAGUCACCUGUUCGAGAUAUUUCUUAUCACCCACUUGAAAAUAUGGCUGCAUUUUGUGCAUUUGGGCAGAAUGAGCCAAUUCUUUUGUAUAUUUACGAUUUCCAUGUUGCCCAACAGGAGACUGAAAUGUUGAAACGCUACAAUGGAACGUUUCCUGUACCUGGGAUACAGCAAAGUCAGGAUGCUUCGUGCCCCUGCCCUAAAUUGCCAUGUCAAGGCUCUUCUCAGAUUGAUGACUAUGUCCACACUGAAAACUCAUCAAUGAAGAUGCAGCAAGUGAAACAAAGACUUGAUUCUGUCACAGAGGUGAUAAGAGCCUCUGCAGCAAAGGUCAACAAAAAUUUCUCGCUUACUUCAACACCAGUCUCCUCACAACAGUCUAAGUUAAAACAGUCAAACGUGCUGGCCGCUCAUCAGACCCAACGUCAUUUUGGUUUCACUGAGACUGGUAUUAUCAGCACAGAAAGAAAACCUUAUAACCACCAUACAGAUACAGCACCAAUGGUAGUGGCUCUUUAUGACUACACAGCGAAUCGAUCAGAUGAACUAACCAUCCAUCGCGGAGACAUUAUCCGAGUGUUUUUCAAAGAUAAUGAAGACUGGUGGUAUGGCAGCAUAGGAAAGGGACAAGAAGGUUAUUUUCCAGCUAAUCAUGUGGCUAGUGAAACACUGUAUCAAGAACUGCCUCCAGAGAUAAAGGAGCGAUCUCUCCCUUUAGCCCUUAAAGAAAAACACAAAAAGGAAAAACCUUUCUUGGCUCCUCAGAAGUCACUCGUUAAAGACAAGUCCCAGGAUCUCAGGCUGGGUUCACAGUCUGUGACACACUCUGAAAGGAGUAAAGAACAAACCCUUGAGGACCGAGAACACAUAAUGGAUAUGCAGGUGAAGAAGAAUGAGCAAACAUACUGAAAAUCACAUUAACAGAGCAUUGAAGAAUGAAGAUUCAGAAGUAAAAUGACUGUUUAAAUCAAAUCAAAUUUCUCUUCAAAGUUCAGAAUCUUGAAACAGUAAGGGGGAAAGGAAGGAUUCCCUAUUUGUGUCCUUAUGAAAGAAUCUAGAAAAAUCUAAAGUAAGGUGGUCUUUUGAACUUAAUUGUUAUAAACCUUUGUGACUACUGUUGGUCCAAGAAUUUGGUACUUUUAUUUACUAGUAAUUACAUCAAAAUUACAUUACCACUAUUGGAAAAUCAAUAAAGAAAAAACCGUAAUUGUUAUCAGCAAAUGUGAAGGUAAAGUGUUUACAUCGUUUUCUGCUAAAUAAUAUUAUUGUAACUGUAAUUAAGUUUAUAUGCAUAAUAUUUUGCUCAGAAAAUGAAAUAUAUGCUUUUGAAAUUUAUUGGGUAGUGAGAAUGGUCCCAGGAAUAAAAACUUUAAAAGAGCACAAUUUGCUUUUUAGAAUUAAAAUUUCUAUUUCGAAUGAAUCCUAUAUGUUAUAUGAUACACAUAAACUAAGAGUGGUUUGUGGAUAGACCAACAACGGUGUUCCAAAUGACUUUUUAGAAAAAAGCAUUUCCUAUUGAAGCAUAUUAGUAGUUUAUAUGUCAAUACUGUUUAAUAUUUAUAUUUGUUUCUUAAAUUAUUACAUUGCCUAUUUUUUAAAGCGUGAUGUAAUUUUCAUAUAUGCACUUAUACAUCUGUCAAUAAAAUAUCAACUCCAAGAAGGUCAAGACUAAUAGAAAAUUAGAAAACUUAUUUACCAAAGCAGACAAUUGACUCCAUUAAAAUCAGAAGUGAGAAAAAGCAUGCUGGGCAUUGGGGUGUAAAUUUUGCCCAGAUGUAUAUCCGAUGUGAAAAAUCUUCUAGUAAAAAUAUGUUUGGCUCUUAUCCCUGCACAUGUUGUAGAGGCAUGAGAACUCAUAAACAUGCCCCUGCUCUGUGGACUCUUGAGAAAAGGGGGGCCUCUUGAGUGGUGAGUGGCACCGAGACAGCCACAGCCUCCAGAGGAGCCAGGGAGGCUGCGUGCAGGUGCUGUCUGUGCUUCAGGUACAGCUGGGCUCCAGUCCCCCUGGUAUAAGCUUUUUUUCUCUCUUGUGAAUGCCCUUGGUGAUUAAAAAUAAAAAUAAGCAUAUCUGUGCAGUUUCAGCUGACUUUAGAGAUGUGUGGUGUUUCUCUCAUUUUGGUUUUAAUCAGAGAGAAUUUCAACAAGUUGCAGAAAGAUUUUAAAUCAAGAAAAGUGAAAUAGUAACAUCCAGGGAGGGAAGCAUUUGUUGAGAUCUCAGUCUUCAUAUGAACAGUGAAAGGUUAUUUUAUAUUGCAACUACUAAAGAGAAAAAUAACAGUUGAAACAAAUACUACAAAAAGGUGGUUUACCUCAGAGCUCAGUCCUUUCCUCUCGUCCUUGCCAAAACAAGACUCAGGCUACAUUAACUAACAGAGCAAUAAAGUGACCUUACCACACACACUCCCGGAGGUGUGCUGGGCUCUGAGCAUCACAGGGCCCUCCGCUUCAUAAGUUCAAAUUACAUUCAAGCAGGGGAAUCGUGUGUGUUUACACAGAUUGCACUGGGAGGGUUAUGAUAUUGCACAUUUUCUUAGCACAAAAUUAGUUUUCUUUGUUUUACUUCAUUCUGAAUUUUGUCCUAUUUUAUGAAGUCUGUUUUUUCCACACAGAAACAGUUUAACGCUACCUAUUUAAAGCCAUUCAUAGAAAUUGAAAUUCCGAUUUUUGAUUCUACCCAUCUUGAAGAUUAAAGUUCCUUCAGGGUCAAAAUAAUAUAGUAAAAUAGAAUUUUCAAUGCUAAGAUUAGAAUCAAGUUUUUGAAAGAUUUGAAACAUGAAAUAUUCUACACUAUGAAUGUUUAAAAAUGAAUCUUUUAAGUGAAAUAAGUGUUUCUAAAUGCUGAAGACUUGUUACUUGCAAAAACCUACAUAAGUUCCUUUCCAUAAAAGUGAAUACUUAACCUUCAUUUUAUUUUUUACUUUUAUUGAAAAUAUUUUCUGUUUAGGAAUUCAGCAAGGCUAUCUCUGGGGGAAUAACUUUGCAUUUUAUAUCUGUAUAUUUUUAUGUAUCUUUAGUCAUACAUUUAACUCACGACUUUUCUUUUUUGGUUUUAACACUGACUUUAUAUAGACAGGGAGAG